AUGGCUGGAACGCCCUAUAGUGAAUAUCGCGUGACAGGUCGUCACGCACCAACCGAUAAGGAACCGAAUCCCGCGCUUUAUAGAAUGCGUAUUUUUGCCUCAAAUGAAGUAACUGCCAAAUCCAGAUUUUGGUACUUUGUUCGUAAACUUAAAAAAGUUAAAAAGGGGACUGGCGAAAUUUUAGAAUGCCGUUUGAUUACAGAAAAAACUCCAACGAAAAUUAAAAAUUUUGGAAUUUGGCUACGGUAUGACUCUCGCAGUGGAACUCACAACAUGUACAAAGAAUUUCGAGAUUUGACCAUUGGUGGUGCAGUCACAGCGUUGUAUCGCGAAAUGGGCGCUAGACAUCGAGCAAGAGCCCGAUCUAUUCAGGUUAUGAAGGUAGAGCCCAUCGUAGCAUCCAAAACUAGAAGGCAACCAAUUAAACAGUUUCACGAUUCAAAAAUCCGCUUUCCUCUGCCUCAUCGUAUCAUAAGAUCACAAUUUAAAUCCAAGUUCGUAGCGAAGAGGCCGAAUACAUUUUACUAACAGCUGUUUGGAUAACUUCCAUUCAAAGAACUUUCAAGUAACAUAACUACAAAUUAUUGUGGGGUAUUUCAUACUUUACCGAAGUUGCGGUAAUAGAAUCAUUUUAUCGGUCGAAGUUUUCUCUAUAUUUCAGAAUGGUCAGAUAAUCUAAUAAAUUUUG